AAUUUCAAUCAAUUCUCAAAAAUUUUAGCGAUUUUUCAAUGAAUUUCGACAGUCCUGAUGUUGAAAAGGAGUUUCCCGGCUUGUACGAAGACGCUUCAACCAAAGGCAAGAAGGAUGAUGCUAAUGAAUCGGAACACGAAAAAUUAAGCAAAAAAGAGCUCUUGAUCGGGCGUCGCAAGGAAAAAAAGGAUAAAAAAUGUUACGCGACCCUUGGCGACGAUGACGAAGAAGAACCUUUAGCUGGAGAGGCUUCGAGCAGCAAAUCCAAAAAACUCAAAGGAUUUAAAUUUUCCAAAAGCAAAGACAAGGAUUCCGGCAAAAACACGUUGGAAAAGAAGGAGAAGAAAGAAAAAGAGAAAAAUAAAGAAAAAAAGGACAAGGACAAGAAAAAAGAUGAAAAAAAGUUAAAAUCCAAGGAAGUUUCGGAAGAAGUUCAGGAAUUGGGAGAAGCUCAACCGAUUUUUGGCGUUCCUUUGUCCGUCGCUGUCGAACGAAGUCGUUGUCAUGACGGCGUUGAACUUCCUUUAGUCGUUCGGGACUGCAUUGAUUUCCUUCAGGAGCAUUUACAGAAUGAACAUAUCCAUCGCAGUGACGGCAGCAAGACUCGUUUGCAGCAAUUGAAGAAGCUCUACAAUAAUCGCGAGUCAAACGGCAUUCAGGAUUUUGAUGUUGCCACGGCUUCUGCUUUGCUGAAAAUGUUUUUAAAAGAACUUCCUGAGCCGGUUUUAACCACAGAUUUACUCCCGCGCUUUGAAGAAGCAGCUGCUCUUGCUACAAGUACGGAACAAGAAAAAGAACUAAAAAUACUCGUUGAACAACAACUUCCGAUUUGCAACCGAAUUUUGGUCUCUUGGAUCUUUUUACACUUUGACGCGAUCAUUGCGCACGAGAAACACAACAAAUUCAAUCCGCAGAAUCUCGCUGUCGUUUUGAGUCCCGUUCUUCAGAUGUCACAUCGAUUGUUUGUUACGUUACUUUGUUACUGCACGGACUUGUUUGCGGAUGUCACAUUGACAAAAUAUACCCCGCCAGUGACCUCAACGAGUCCAAAUCUGCCCGAAACUCGCGAUGAAAUCAUCAAAGAGCUCAAAAAACAGGAAUCUCUCCUCAAUCAGAUCCAUGCGGAGAUGCAUGCCGGUUUCGUGACGAAAAAACGUGAGGAACAAUUGUGGGAAGUGCAGCGUAUUAUUACACAACUCAAGCGAAAACUCCGUACAUUCGACAAAAAAACCGAUUCCAUGCAAAAAAGCAUCGAAGAUUCGCUCGAACCGCCUGCCGUUACAAGUGACACCGCAUCCAUGGAGCUUUCUUUGCACAAAGUUCGUUCCUGCAGCGACGACGAGUCAUCAAUUCGCACGCAAUCCAACACAAAUACGGAGUCAAAGCCGUCGCCGCAAGAACCUCUUGUCGAAGAUCCCUCCGAAAUGCUCGAAUCUGAGAUCACAACUGACGAAAAUGGCUUCAUGAUGGUACCUGUAACCCAUCCCGACUAUUUAACUCUGAUACGACUUCAACUCGAGAACCAAGAAUUAAUUAAUUGGAAGGAACAGCUGCAACAGAGAAUUACUGCUGAACGCUCAGAAAUUGUCAAAUUAAAGAAAAUCUUGAGCGAAAUUCCGGUAAUUGCCGAAAGUCAUCCCGUUGUGUUGAAUCCGCAAGAUGAAGCUGAUUAUGAACGAUUGACGGCGCAUUAUUUGAGAGAAAAUGGAUUGCUGCAAGAAAAAAGAAAUUUAUUAGCGAAAGAUCUCUUCGACGAAAAUCGAGCUUUGAUUAAUUUGCAAGUCGAACUUGCGCUGCAAAAAUUUAAAAUUUAAAGUAUUUUAACUCGAAAUUGUUUUUUUUUACUCUCUGUUGUUAAAAUUACUCGUUAAUUGUGUUAAUUAAAAAUUAAAUCUGAAAAAAAUAUCAAAUAAUAAAAAUAUCAUUGUCGU